CCCGGCCGCCGCCGCUGCGGAGGGCAGACAGGCCGACCGACCGACGCGACUGGCGGCCGCCCCGACUCCCGCUCCCUGUAUGGCCAGAGGUGGGCCCCCGUGGAGGCCGCAGAUAUGGGGCAGAGCGAAUCAGAGCAGCAGCCGGAGUCAAAGGACACGGCCCUCGCCGACAUGCUGCCCAGCAUCAAGAUGUUUGUGGAAGAUCAGCUCCAGACCAGCAUGGUCCUGGGAGUAAUGAUUGGCGUGGGAGCUGCCGUGCUGUUCAUCGCAACCCUCAUACUUGUGCUGGUCCGGAGGUUCCGUGUCAAAAAGGUGCAGGCCCAGGAAACGCCAAAGUACCGAUUCCGUAAGAGGGAUAAAGUGCUCUUCUAUGGCCGCAAGAUCAUGCGCAAGGUCUCCCAGUCGACCUCCUCACUGGUGGACACCACCAUCUCCACUGCCUCCCGCCCCCGCAUGAAGAAGAAACUCAAGAUGCUCAACAUCGCCAAGAAGAUCUUGCGGAUCCAGAAGGAGACUCCAACGCUACAGCGGAAAGAGCCGCCCCCGGCUGUGUUGGAGGCUGACCUGACUGAGUUUGACGUGGCCAAUUCCCACCUCCCCUCAGAGGUGCUCUACAUGCUCAAGAAUGUCCGGGUGCUGGGACACUUUGAGAAACCGCUGUUCCUGGAGCUGUGCCGCCACAUGGUGUUUCAGCGGCUGUCCCAGGGUGACUACGUGUUCCGGCCAGGCCAGCCUGAUGCCAGCAUCUAUGUGGUGCAGGACGGGCAGCUGGAACUCUGCCUCACUGGCCCCGACGGGAAGGAAGCGGUGGUGAAGGAGGUGUUCCCUGGGGACAGUGUCAAUAGCCUGCUCAGCAUCCUGGAUGUCAUCACGGGGCACCAGCGCCCGUAUCGCACGGUCUCAGCCCGGGCAGCCCUGGACUCGACGGUUCUGCGGUUGCCGGUGGAGGCCUUCUCUGCGGUUUUUGCCAAGUAUCCCGAGAGCCUGGUGCGAGUGGUGCAGAUCAUCAUGGUCCGACUGCAGCGGGUCACCUUCCUGGCUCUGCACAACUACCUGGGACUCACUAAUGAGCUCUUCAGCCACGAGAUGCAACCCCUGCGCCUGUUUCCUAGCCCCGGGCACCCAGCCCGGACCAGCCCCGUGCGGGGCCCCAAGCGCCUCACCAGCACCCCGUCCUCAGAGGAACCACGGGACAACCCCACCAGGCCCCCCGAGUCCCCAGCGGAUCCCCUGAAGUCCGGCUCUGGGUCUGGCCCCGGCUCCGGCCCUGGUAACCUGGAUCCCCCGUCUGCCCCUCUGCUGAGCCGCUGCAUCUCCAUGCCCGUGGACAUCUCUGGUCUGCAGCGGGGACCACGCUCUGAUUUUGACAUGGCCUAUGAGCGGGGACGCAUUUCUGUGUCGCUGCAGGAAGAGAGCUCGGAAACCCCCCUGUCUGGGAUGCCCCGGUCGAUGUCCCAGGAACCUCGAGAGCAGCCAGCGGGCGCCUGCCAGUACAGCUUCUGCGAGGAUGAGUUGGCUGGCGGGGACUGUCCUUUUGGACCCUACCAGGGCCGCCAGACCAGCAGCAUCUUCGAGGCCGCCAAACGCGAGCUAGUGAAGCUCAUGAACAUUGAGGACCCCACUCUCCUGAACAGCCGUGUGCUGCUGCACCACGCCAAAGCUGGCACCGUCAUCGCCCGCCAAGGGGACCAGGACGUGAGCCUGCACUUUGUGCUGUGGGGCUGCCUGCACGUCUACCAGCGCAUGAUCGACAAGGCGGAGGAUGUGUGCCUGUUUGUGGCACAGCCCGGGGAGCUGGUGGGGCAGCUUGCCGUGCUGACGGGGGAGCCUCUCAUCUUCACGCUUCGAGCCCAGCGCGAUUGCACCUUCCUGCGCAUCUCCAAGUCUGACUUCUAUGAGAUCAUGCGGGAGCAGCCAAGUGUGGUUCUGAGUGCAGCUCACACUGUGGCCGCCCGCAUGUCACCCUUCGUGCGCCAGAUGGACUUCGCUAUCGACUGGACCGCAGUGGAGGCCGGGCGUGCCCUCUACAGGCAGGGGGACCGAUCAGACUGCACCUACAUCGUGCUGAAUGGACGCUUGCGCUCGGUCAUCCAGAGGGGAACUGGCAAGAAGGAGCUGGUCGGGGAAUAUGGCCGUGGGGACCUCAUCGGGGUGGUGGAGGCCCUGACCCGGCAGCCCCGGGCAACCACUGUGCAUGCCGUGAGGGACACGGAGCUGGCAAAGCUUCCCGAAGGAACCCUGAGCCACAUCAAGAGAAUAUACCCACAGGUGGUGACUCGACUCAUCCAUCUACUGAGUCAGAAGAUCCUGGGUAACUUGCAACAGUUACAGGGCCCAUUUCCAGGCUCGGGGCUCGGGGUGCCACCCCCGUCAGAGCUCACCAACCCCGCAAGCAACCUAGCGACCGUGGCCGUCUUGCCUGUGUGUGCCGAGGUCCCCAUGGCGGCCUUCACCCUAGAACUGCAACAUGCACUGCAGGCCAUAGGGCCGACUCUGCUCCUGAACAGCGAUAUCAUCCGGGCACGGCUGGGGGCCUCGGCCCUGGAUAGCAUCCAGGAGUUCCGGCUGUCGGGCUGGCUGGCCCAGCAGGAGGACACACACCGCAUCGUCCUGUACCAGACUGAUGGCUCGCUAACACCUUGGACCGUCCGCUGCCUGCGCCAAGCUGACUGCAUCCUCAUCGUGGGCCUGGGGGACCAGGAGCCCACGCUCGGCCAGCUGGAGCAGAUGCUGGAGAGCACGGCUGUCCGGGCCCUGAAGCAGCUGGUACUGCUGCACCGGGAGGAGGGCCCAGGGCCCGCCCACACCGUCGAAUGGCUUAAUAUGCGCAGCUGGUGCUCUGGCCACCUGCACCUGCGCUGCCCCCGCCGCCUCUUCUCCCGCCGCAGCCCCGCUAAACUGAGGGAGCUCUACGAGAAGGUAUUUGCCCGCCGAGCUGACCGCCACAGUGACUUUUCCCGCCUAGCCCGGGUGCUGACCGGGAAUACCAUCGCCCUGGUGCUGGGCGGGGGUGGAGCCAGAGGCUGCUCACACAUUGGGGUGCUGAAAGCCCUGGAGGAGGCCGGGGUGCCCGUGGACAUUGUGGGCGGCACCUCGAUCGGCUCCUUCAUCGGGGCCCUGUACGCCGAGGAACGCAGCGCCAGCCGCACCAAGCAGCGGGCCCGCGAGUGGGCCAAGAGCAUGACAUCCGUGUUUGAGCCGGUCCUGGACCUCACCUACCCCAUCACCUCCAUGUUCUCGGGCUCAGCCUUCAACCGCAGCAUUUACCGCGUCUUCCAGGACAAGCAGAUCGAGGACCUGUGGCUGCCGUACUUCAAUGUGACGACAGACAUCACGGCUUCCGCCAUGCGGGUUCACAAGGACGGUAGCGUGUGGCGGUACGUGCGGGCCAGCUCCUCCUACCCCCCGUACCUGCCCCCACUCUGUGACCCCAAGGACAGUCACCUGCUGGUGGAUGGGUGCUAUGUUAACAAUGUCCCAGGGUCUCUAUGGCGGUACGUCCGAGCGAGCAUGACGCUCUCGGGCUACCUGCCCCCCCUCUGUGACCCCAAGGACGGCCACCUGCUCAUGGACGGCGGCUACAUCAACAAUCUGCCAGCGGACAUAGCGCGGACCAUGGGGGCUAAGACGGUGAUCGCGAUCGACGUGGGGAGCCAAGACGAGACCGAUCUCAGCAACUAUGGGGACAGCCUGUCUGGCUGGUGGCUGCUCUGGAAGCGGCUCAACCCCUGGGCUGAGAAGGUCAAGGUGCCCGACAUGGCUGAAAUCCAGUCCCGCCUGGCGUAUGUGUCGUGCGUGCGGCAACUGGAGGUGGUGAAAUCGAGUUCCUACUGUGAAUACCUGCGGCCACCCAUUGAUUGCUUCAAGACCAUGGACUUCGGCAAGUUCGACCAGAUCUAUGACGUGGGUUACCAGCAUGGGAAGGUGGUGUUCGGGGGCUGGAGCCGUGGUGACAUCAUAGAGAAGAUGCUGUGGGACCGGCGGUCUGCUGACCUCAACGAAAGCCGCCGCACUGAUGUGCUGACUUGCCCCAGCGCUGGCUUCACUGACCUGGCUGAGAUCGUGUCCCGGAUCGAACCGGCCAAGAGCUACGUGUCUGAUGGCUACGCCGAUGGGGAGGAGUCGGACUGCCUGACGGAAUACGAGGAAGAUGGGGGCCCCGACGGAGCUCGGGAGGAAGGUGGCUCACCCCGGAGCUGGAACCCCAGUGGCGUCUUUGAGACCGAUGAGGAUAAGGGUGUGCGGCACCGUCAAGGCUGCCCCCAGGACCCUACCAGCUCCAGCCUGGAUGCCUGAAUCCCUCCAGUGGGGUCCUCGGCCCCCUAGUCCACUCUGGGAGGAGCCCUGAUCCUGGGGCCUGCCAACUCUGCCUCAGCCCUCGAUCAGCGCCCUACCAAGGAGAGGAGGUGGGGCCUGCCCAACCCAGGGGAUCUCCUCCCUCCCAUCCCUCCCCCCACCCCAUUCAGCACUGCACUGGACUCAAUUGUGCUGCUGGGUUCUGCACUGGAAAUGGCCUCUAACUUAUUCUCCCCCCCCCGCCCCCUUCCUGCUCCUCGAGACUUCACAGCUCCAAUGAGAUCUCCACUCCACCUCAACUGCUGCCUUCAGGAUCAGGAGGCCAAGGCUAGGGAGAGGGAAGCCCAAGAUCAUCCAGGUCAGGCCCAAGUUGUUGGGGCAACCUGAAGAAAGGCAGGGUGUCUUCUGGGCUGAAAAGGCCUCCUGGGCCAGAAUCCGUUGGGGCGAGCUCCAGGCUGUGCUGCCCCAGGUGAGUCCCAGCUAGGGUGUAGUUCACCCCAGGGACCUUGGGGAGGCAUUGCUGUUCCGACGUCAUCCCUGCCUCCCCCUACCGGCCCACUGGAUGGCAACUACGUUCAACCCGGCAAACCGUUCAAAUGGAGUCAGAACUGCAGCAAGAGGGAUUAAGGGUGGACGUCAGGACAAAAUGAGAGGAGGGUGAGACGCCGAAUGAGGUAACGGGGAAGAUGGGGAAU